GCAAAGGGUUCCGUGGCGGAACUACUCUCUCCUGCUACUGAAAAUGACGAAUAUCAGCGGUGCAUCACCAACUCACUUCAAAUAUCUAUCCCAGCUGACACUGGACCAAGGCAUGAUGGUGUCCUGGAACGCUAUCGCCAAAUCCAUCGUGCAUUUUCUAGCAAGGCGACCCACACCAGAGUUCUACAUGGAAGGAAAGUUUUCUACGCAAUUGGGAAAACUAGUGCGACUUUUUCAAAUGGCACAUUCCUAUCAGCCAUUCGUAUAUGGAGUGAGCGUCGCCAUGUUUACGUACGGGGCUUUGCUGCUUGGUAUCGGGAUGCUGUACCUUCUGCGGCAAAGAUGUCACUGGAGUGGGGCGGAAUGCACAGUCGACGUAACACCAGCAUAUGUUGCUCGCUUCUGGACUUACGUAAAACUACAAGUACUCUGUAUUGCUUGCUGCGGCAUGUGGAUGCUGGCCCUCUACAGUGCCACCGAGAGCCUUCAGGUCGGCAUGAAAGCGAUGGACACUGCGGAAGACAACAUUCAGCAUGACCUACGGGUCUUUUUUGAAGAAAUGGCUCAUAAAGUUAACUACCUGGCCGGCGACAGAGUGAUUCCCACCUUGAGCACAGUGUAUGAACAACUUCGGGACGGAAGUGGAAUGGCCCGUACUGUACUCAAAAUACUAAUCGAACGAGGCAAUAUUUCAAGCAGAGCAUUCCUGUUCGAAGGUCGUCGCUUCCAACCAACACUUGAAGCCAUCUUAGAUGACCUGGCGAAGAAGACAGAUGGCUCAGUAUUGGACCUAGCCAAGAAGUACCUUGAGCACCCAGCACACGACCUCGAUUUUGAAAUAUCCAAAGUGUACACUACAGCAACCGAAGAAAUCUCAAUACUUAAGUCAGCACAAAGGAAAACUGUGUGGGAGAAUAUUCACGAAGUCAUCGAGGACAUUGAAGGACUCUGUAGAAAGUACACUCAAGACACAAAUGAUACUCUCGGGCUCAUAGGAAGUUUCAAUGUCCUGCAUUCGGAAGGCAGUGUCCUGGAUUUCAAGAGCAUGAAACUCUUCAGUAAUCUACUUCUGAUGGGCUCCUACAUUGCUGUAGCGUGCGUGGAAGCAGGCAUGAUUCUUGGUUUCCUUUUAGGAGCGUUCAACUACAAGGAGGUCGUACCGCCGAAUAAACGUAAUGCCAUGUCUAACAUGGGAGGGACUGUGUUACACAGGAACAUCGGUGCAGUCUGGUUCGUCUGCUGUGCGUUAAGCGGCCUCGUAUCUGUGUGCUUCCUGAUGGCCUCUUUACUGGAAACCUAUAUCUGCUCUCCAUUUCGGAGGAAUGAUUAUGCAUCCUUAGAUUUGGCAGCUGAGUAUGUCUUCGUUAUGCCAGCGAAAGCCUAUUUGUCUAGACUUCAGCCGAGUUCCAUUCUUCAGAAAUGCAACAGCAAGAGGUCAUAUGCUAGCAUGAUCAACGUCUCAUUUUACCCUCUCGAGAGACUGAAUGUGGAGGACCAUCGUGCCCGAUUGGUGGAAAACGAUCAAGGUGUCUACCUUCCUGGCCUUCUCAAUCAACAAACACUGAAAUCGGCGGAACAAAAGGCGGAGGCACUUGUAAAGGCACUGGACGCGGAUUCCACGCUUUCCUCUCACAUGAAAGUUGCUGCGAAGAGGUACCCGGAAUUUAAUAUCUUCGCGAGGCGCCUUCUGAAAGCACUGCGCCUUGCAAAUAGGAACAAGGAGAGUGUCGAGGUUGACGUGGAACGGGUGAGUCUUAGAGAAGAGCGUUGCUCAUUUUGGGUGUUAGACGAGCGGUCAGACAAGUUUCGUUCGCAGCCUUUGCCCCAGAGGGUAAGCUAUAAAGGUCGAGCGCCCACUGUCAGACAUGCUGCACUCACGUGCUUGCGCACAUCGGACCUCGCGGCUAACCUGUAG